AUGAUAGCAUGGAUCUUAGCGUGCGGCGAUCCGCAACCUCGCUCCGCCAGCGCUUGGACAGAAACGUGCCGUGCAGAAUGUAUCACGGGCUCGGGGGCCGUGCCGAGACUAGUGCACUUCAUACAGAUCGGUGACGACCUGGCGUUCCACCACUGGUUAUCUGUGAUGUCUGCGAUAAAAUUCGUACGUCCCCUCCAGGUCACGGUACAUCAUAGAGGCGUGCAAACAACCUGCUGGGCGCAACGCAUCAGGGACCACCCGCUGGUGAAGUUCGUACCAAUCGACUCCGACCGGAUACCUGAACGCGUCAACUGCCAGCGCGUGGAGCAGCCCGCACACCACUCCGACUUUCUACGCGUCGCGUUGCUAUGGCAGCAUGGUGGCGUGUACAUGGACUUGGAUACGAUACUGACAAAGCCGCUCGGCGACCUGCUGGCCGACGAAGAGGCGGUGGCGAGUUACGAGAUGAACGACCGGGUUGCCGUGGGAGUGCUGAUUGCACGCGCUCGGACGUGCGUCAUGUGCGACUUUGGACGUGGCAUGUACGGCCGCUUUGACGGCACCUGGUCGGCGCACUCAGUGUUUCUGCUAACGGACAUGCUCUACCGGAGGAGCGCACAUGAAGAGCGACCAGCCCGCUACCCGGGCGUUAAGCUGUUGCCGUACGAAACGGGUUUCUACCCGUACAGCUGGUACGACGACCAUCUGGUGCAGAUCUUCGAGCGGGACGCGCGCGAAUCCGGCUUUGAGCCGCCGAACGUCUACGCGCUCCAUCUCUACAGCAGCAGUGCAAAGCGCCGGUACCUGGAGAACAUGACGUACGACACGAUCAUGCGAGGGCAGCACACGCCGUUUGCACUCGUCGCCAGACAGGUGUUGCCGGCGUCGUUUCUCCCGGAGCACAUGAUGACUUCGACUGCGGCAGCGGCGAGUGACAGCAGUUGUUCGAAAAUUCCACUAAACGAUGACGCCGUGGCUUGA